CAACUGUACAGUUAGAAGUGGUGCCCUUAUAGCUAAGUUUGUGGGCAUAAUUUACAAAUGCUUCGAAAAAUAUCAAACAAUAAUUUGAUUUUUUUAUUAAAAAUUUAAUAAUUAUAUUUUUGUUUUUAUAAAUGCUGGAGUCCCCUGUUUUUUUAAGUAUGUAGGUUAACUGCCUUGAAUUUUUAUGCUCAUAAUCAAGAAAGUAACGAAUACAGUGCAACAGUGCAGAAAAGUUGGAAAAGCAAUUAGUACAAUACAAAUGAACUAUAUAUUAUACUCAUUACUUUUCAAUCUUUCUGUAUUGUGUAAAACUAACCUUAGUACAAAAUAAUAUAAUAAUAACUGACAAUCAGCUUCCAAAGUUGUCAACUGAAUGUAAAUGUGUAAAGGGUAUUAAGUGCUACAAAUUGAAACUGUCCAAAUUAUAAAAUAGCUUUGUUAUUUAUUUUAUACACUUACUAUCAAAAUGACGUAUGCCAAUUCGUGGGAAGAGUUUGAAAAGGGUGCAGAAAGGUUAUACCUUCAAGAUCCAACAAAAGCACGUUAUACAAUGAAGUAUUGUCAUAAUAAAGGAGUGUUGUGCUUAAAACUCACAGACAAUCGAACGUGUUUACAAUAUAAAACUGAGAUAGCUCAAGAUUUAAAAAAAAUGGAGAAAUUUAUUGGAAAUUUGAUGAGACACAUGGCAUCGAAAGAUAAUUAAAUAAAAUUUUUACAUAUAUUUUUAAUAUAUUUUUUUCAAUAAAACGAAACUUCGUAAAAUUUA